GUUUCCAUGAGAUUAGCAGUAGAACUCUGGCAGCAUGCAAGAAUAAAUUUAUCAGUGGAAAACAGAGCAUUCUGCUUUGAUUAAUGCAUUUAAAGAUGACCUAUUAAUUUUGCAAUAUGUUCCAAGAAUAGCAAUAAUAGUAAGAAAAGGAUGGCUGGUUGUGGUGAACUUGAUCACUCAAUCAAUAUGCUUCCAACAAACAAGAAGACAAAUGAAUCAUGUUCAAAUGCAGCACCAUCUCUUAUGGUUCCUGAAUGUGCUAUCUGCCUGCAAACAUGUGUCCACCCCGUGAGUCUGCCCUGUAAACACGUCUUCUGCUAUCUGUGUGUAAAAGGAGCUUCCUGGUUGGGAAAGCGGUGUGCGCUCUGCCGGCAGGAGAUUCCAGAGGACUUUCUUGAUAAGCCAACUUUGCUGUCACCUGAGGAACUCAAAGCAGCCAGUAGAGGCAAUGGGGAAUAUGCUUGGUACUAUGAAGGCAGAAAUGGCUGGUGGCAAUAUGAUGAACGUACCAGUAGGGAGUUGGAAGAUGCAUUUUCUAAAGGUAAAAAGAGCACUGAAAUGUUAAUUGCUGGUUUCUUAUAUGUGGCAGAUCUUGAGAACAUGGUUCAGUAUAGGAGAAAUGAGCAUGGACGUCGCAGGAAAAUAAAACGGGACAUAAUAGAUAUUCCAAAGAAGGGGGUGGCUGGGCUUAGGUUGGACUGUGACUCUAAUGCUAUCAAUCUAGCAAGAGAGAGCUCUGCAGAUGGUGCAGACAGUAUACCACCACUAGGUGCUGCUGCUGGGCAGCCUGUAGCAACUGUUAGACCCCUUCCUAUACUAGAUGGUCAGCGGACAAGUCCUGCAACGCCAUCACCUGAUGAAAGUACUCUAGAGAACUCUUUUGCCAGCUUGCAAAUAAAUGGAGACAGUUUGGUGGAAAGGAGCCAUAGGGGUGAGGGAGAGGAAGACCAUGAAUCACCAUCUUCUGGUAGGGUGCGAGUUAUUGACACCUCCAUAGAGGAAACAGAAUCGGAUGCUAGCAGUGAUAGUGAGGAUUUGUCUGCCCAAUUUCAGCUGCCUGUACCCUCUGCACAGCAGAGACAUCUGAAUGGAAAUCAGCCAGCCUUGGAUAGACCAAUGGCAGGUAGUGGGGUGGGAAAUACCACUGUGAGAUCUAGAAGGCCUGAUGGACAGUGCACAAUAACAGAAGUCUAAAUCUAGAGCCAUGGUUUUAAAACUCAGUCUUAUACCUGUACAUUUUGUCUGUAUUGGCAUUGCGCUCCAGCCUAGCAGUCUAUUUGAAAGUGUUUCAGCAUGAGAAGAAGGGGAAGAAAAAACCUGAUCAUCUAACAUUAAAAGCUGUCUGUUAUUAUGUCUGGAACACUGAACAUUUAAAAACCUGGGCAUGUGUUAAUGGUUUGGAAGCUGUUUAGCAACAGUUUUGUAAAAUGUCUCCCUUUAUUUUGUAGUAUAUGCCCCUCUCCAUAUUAAAACCCAUCCUCUUUUUUGGACAAAUGUAUAUUCACUGUACAACUUGGAACUGUUAUUAUUUGUUGCAUUAAGUAUCUUUACUAUCUGCAUGGAUUGAUGUAUGGAAGGAAUAUUAAAAACUGGAAAUGACCAAGAGUUUGGAUAUGUGCAAGAUGCUUAAUUUUAACAUAAAAUAGUUGUGACUCCUGAAAUUCAGAUGUUUUACUAAAGCUGAGAUGAAUCAUCCUGAAUGAAAUGUAAAAUAAUUUCUGUUGCAGAGUUUUACUUGUAAAGAAGUCAUGGUGUCUUCAUUGGCUGUCUAGUCCCUGUAGCUUGUUUGCGUCUUUCUUGUGUCUUGUUUUUGUUACAAAAUUAAUAAUUUAAUAAACUACAUUUUAUCAACAAUCUUAAUUGAACCCAUGUCACACUGAAGGCACAUCAGUAUAUGCACUGCCUUUGGUUAGCAGAAGAACUAAGUGCACUGCAGAACAAAAAAACCCCCCUGCAUUUUGCUUCCAAGAUGACUAGAAUAAAUAUUGAGCAGGAAAAUAAAGAUGCUUGCACAUUAAGCUCCUACGGAAAGAAGCCUACAAUAUUUGAAGAAAGAUAAUGAUAGAAAAGGGAUAUAACAUUUAUUUGCUUCUCCUAGCUUCUAUGCGAGAGAAUGGUAGAAACCAUCAGAAAAUCAUUUUUACAUUGAAAUUAUCAGAAUUUGGUUUUUCAGUCAUGUUAUUUAAAUUAUAUUUUGUCGGGAAUGGUUUUACAUGCAUUCUGCAGUACUUUUGCAGCAUAACUAAAUUAUCUUUUUUCUUAGGUAAUGCAGCUGAGAAGUCCUAGGAUGCUAUGGGCCAUCUGACUAUAGCUUAAUCUCAAAGUAGUGGUAGUUGCUUUACUAGUGAAAUAUAUUGCAGUAUAUAUAAAAAUACGUACUUUGUAUUGAGAACCCAUCAAAUGUAGGUUGAACACAACCAGCUCUAAUAGCUGAAAAUAAAAUAAUACGGUAUUUGAA